AUGGCAAUGGCAGUCGACAAUCGCCAACAGCCGCAGCUGAGCACCAUGGCCUACGACCACAUGCGCUACCCCCAACAACAACCACACUUCACCAACCCAUGGGUGUCGGCCGGCCCCUCGCAGCAGCAACUCUACCAAACAACAGUCGCCCCCAAUGUCGACGCCCAGCGCCCCACCAGCAUCGCCAUCCCCUACCACGGCAUGGCCGUCACAGCGCCGCCCAUGGGACAAGGUAUUACUCUCCCGGACGCCAGCUUCGGAUCACAAAACUUACUUGCUCCCUCUGAAGAUAUCAUGGCCCGCGGAUACCCCACUGGCUACGCUACAUCUGGCUCUCCCCAGAACCAAACGUAUGCACCCACUUCAGCGCCAUACUCACAGGUAGAGUAUGGCAGCACAGAACGGAGCCCAUAUGCAUUCCAGCAGGAUGCCUCUCGCCGCUCUUCACACCCGUCAGUCCCCUCCAUAGCCUUUUACGAGUCCCUCGAGACACAGCGACAACGCCAAAGUUCACUUGUUGACUUUAGCAGAAUGAACAGCCAGCAGCCCCGCAACAGCUUCAGCGACGCCCUCGAUGCUAGCCGCGGCAUGGUCUCCCUGAGCCAGUCGGACAUUACCCCACGCAACAUCUACGGCUCCCAAGGAACCAGCCGCAGCUCCACCGAAUCAUACGGCUUCCCCUCGACACACUCGGCACACUCGUCCAUCUCGUCUGCCAGCUAUGGCCCCAACGGAUACUACGCCGGCGAAGGCUCGGUUACCGACUACAGCUCCGCUUCCGAAUCCGUCGACCUGGGCAACUCGCGCACCCUGCCUCGCCCCAACGCCCUUCUCGGCGCAAACAUGCCCCCCGCGCCCGCUUCCAUGAUGAGCCAAUUUAGCUCAAAGGUCUCAUCAAGCUCGCAAAAGAAGCACAAGUGCAAGAUUUGCGACAAGCGCUUCACACGACCAAGUUCUCUUCAAACACACAUGUACAGCCACACGGGAGAGAAGCCAUUCGCAUGCGAAGUCGAGGGCUGCGGACGCCACUUUUCAGUUGUUUCCAACCUGAGGAGACACCGAAAAGUGCACAAGAACGACGGCAGCAUCGAUCACCCAUCGCCCGAGAGCGUCGACCACUAA